UUGAGACGUGAGUGAUUACGUGCGGACACAUCUGAAAAAUGGAACAACAACUACAGGAACAACAAACGCUCAUCGCGCGACUGCAGGAACAAUUAGCGCAAAGUCGACAACAACCGGAACCUACAACAGAUACGAUAGAGGAGAUUAGAAAGGUUAAAUUACCAAUUUUUUGGCAAAAGGAUCCCGUCCUAUGGUUUGCACAAGUAGAUGCCCAAUUUCAUACGUAUAAAAUCAGGUCAGACAUCACAAGAUUUUUCACAGUGGUAGCUGCACUAGAUUGUAAUGUAUUACAACAAGUCUCCGACGUCGUGGCUAAUCCACCCUCGACAGACAAAUACGAGACCAUAAAGAAGAAACUCAUUGCGGCGUAUUCUGACUCGCAGGAUCGUCAGUUGCGCAAGCUGCUUAAUGAAAUUGAAUUAGGUGAUCACAAACCUUCCCAAUUACUGCGACAGAUGAGAAGCUUAGCAGAUAAACGCAUUAACGAAGACGUACUGAAGACCCUGUGGGUGCAGCGCUUGCCUCAAAAUGUCCAGCUCAUUCUUUCUGCCAGCGAAGGUGUCACGUUGGAUAAGAUGGCCGACGUCGCAGACAAACUUGUGGAAAUAUACGCUUCUGGGUCGAUUUCUGCAGUCAACCGUGCUGCGUCUCCCAGACGCACGGACAUGUCAGAAUCUGCAUCUGCAUUAUUAGUAAUGCAAAAACAAAUUGAGAUGCUCACUGACAUGGUUAAAACCCUCACCACUGAUAGAGGACGUUCACAACAGCGUUAUGGUCGAUCUAAAUCUCGUUCACGCACACACUCCGGUAACUUUAGACAUCGCCCAGCAGAGGAAGUUUGUUACUACCAUGCCAGUUUCGGUGAAAAGGCAAGAAAAUGCAAGCCUCCCUGUAAUUUCAAGCCGAAGGAAAACUAAACAACCCACCGACACAUGAGGCAGUGUUCGGGGGUA